AUGGCGGGUGUUGUUCCAACCGAAAUGUCCGCCAAUAGUCCAAGACGUACCGCCCAAUUUGCACGCAAUGCUCAAGGUGGAGCAAAUACGGAGAUGAAGACCGGAAUCCUCCAACUUGUUUAUGCAAAACCAUUCACCGGAAUGGAUCAUGAGGAUCCUUUCGCACAUCUCACCAAAUUUUAUGAGAUUGCGGGUUCAACGGGAGUCGAUGCGGCGAAUGAAGAAUCAUUGUUCAAGACACUAUUUCCACACUCAUUACUUGGGAAAGCCAAAGAAUGGAUUCCAUCACAAAGGAAGCCGUGUGUUCUAGAAUUAAACACUAAUGAUGCCAUCCUUGCUCAAAACAAGAUUCUCUCUCAACAAGUUGAGUUACUCACCAAGAAAAUGUCAAAGCUCCCACAACAAAUGAAGGAAAUUCAUGGGAUGAAAAUGACUUCUCACGUAGCAAGUUGUGAACUUUGUCAAGGUGACCAUCCGACCGGGUUUUGUCCUCCUCCCGAGGGUGAAGAAGUGAAUUAUGUCAACAAUCAAAAUCAAGGUCAAGGUCAACAAUCUCAAGGUGGAAGCUCAAAGUUGGAAGACACUCUUACACAAUUCAUGCAAGCAUCCAUGGCUAAUCAAAGGAGUAAUGAAGCGGCCAUAAAGAAUUUAGAAAAUCAAGUGGGUCAACUUGCAAAGCAAUUGUCCGAGCAACAACCGGGAGCAUCCUUUUCCGCCAACACCCAAACCAAUCCAAAGGAGCAUUGCAAAGCCAUUUUUACAAGAAGUGGGAAGGAGGUGAAUAGUGGCGUAAAUGAAGAGGUUAUAGUGGAAGAUGAGGAGGAAAUAAUAGUUGAAGAUGAAGAGGAGGAAGUGACAGUUGAAAAUGAGGGAGAAAAGAGUGAGGAGAAAGUGGAGGAAGAAUUAGUUGAAAAAGAGCGGAAAGAAAAAGAAGGAAGAGAAAAAAAUGACAAAAAAGUGAAUAGGAAUAAAAAGAGAAAUGAGAAUAUGCUCACUAAGAAAAAGAAGUACACGGAUGAAGAGACGGUUGUGCUUGAUGCUCAUUGUAGUGCAAUUAUUCAAAAAACUCCCCCAAGAAAGGAAGCCGAUCCGGGACGAGUCAUUUUACCGAUCACCAUUGGAGGUAACUACAUUAGUAAUGGUUUGGUUGAUUUGGGGUCUAGCAUCAAUUUAAUACCUUUAUCCGUUGUCAAGAGAUUGGGGAACAUUGAGAUGAAACACACCAGGAUAACUUUACAACUAGCCGAUAAGUCUAUCAUUUCACCAUAUGGAGUUGUACAAGACAUGCUAGUAAAGGUGGAAAAAUUUUUGUUCCCGGUUGAUUUUGUGGUAGUCGACAUGGAGGAGGAUCGUGAUGUGCCAUUAAUACUUGGAAGACCAUUCAUGAAGACCACCCGAAUGAUGAUUGAUAUCGAUGAUGGGAUUAUGAAAGUAAGGGUGCAAGAUGAAGAGGUAAUUUUUACUCUUUUUGAGUCUAUGAAGCCUCAUAAGGAUGAACAUGACAACUUUCGAAUCGAUGAUGAAAAAGGAGAAAUCAUUAAGGUGGAAAAUCAAAUUCGCAAGGACAAGGACAAGGCAAAUCACGAGGGAAAGACUCAUCACAAAAACUUUAAAGUUGGGCAAAUGGUGCUUGUGUGCAAUUCAAGACUCAAGGUGUUUCCUAGCAAGUUAAAGUCAAAGUGGUUGGGGCCAUUUGUUGUGAAAGAGGUGCGAAAUUAUGGAUCCAUUGUGGUGGAGGACCCUAAAACACAAGAAAGCUGGACUGUAAAGGAACAAAGACUCAAAGGCUACCACGAUGGAUAA